CGCCGCUGGGCCUGAGGUCGCCCUGACGCCGCCGGGGCGGAGCCGAGUGGCGCGGCUGUAGCCGGGCCGGUUGGUUCCUGAGCCUCCCGCCUGCGGAGCGCGGCCGGGAGGCGAGGCCCGGGAACGCCCGAGUCUAGGGAGAUCCGCCUUCUGAAGACAGCACGCUCGUCAGGGAAGAGCCCAGGAAGAGGACAUGGCUGCUGGGCAGCGGGAAGCGAGGCCCCAGGUGUCACUGACGUUCGAGGAUGUGGCUGUGCUCUUUUCCCGGGAGGAGUGGAGGAAGCUGGCUCCUUCUCAGAGAAACUUGUACCGGGAUGUAAUGCUGGAGAACUAUAGGAACCUGGCCUCACUGGGGCUCCCAUUUACCAAACCAAAAGUGAUCUCCCUGUUGCAGCAAGGAGAAGACCCCUGGAAGGUGGAGAAAGACAGUUCUGGCGGCCCCUGUCUAGGAUUGAAGAGCAGUCAUAAAACCACAAAGUCAACGCAAACACAAGACUCUUCAUUUCAGGGACUGAUACUGAAAAGAUCCAACAGGAAUGGACCUUGGGAUUUAAAAUUGGAAAAGCCUUUCAUAUAUGAAAGCAGAUUAGAGAAAAAGCAGGACAAAAAGGAAAGUCUUCAGAUAGUUUCAACCAUCCACAAAAAAAUCCCCACUAGAGAAAGAAGCCAUAAAAAUACUGAAUUAAGCCAAAACUUCAGCCCAAAGUCAGUGCUUAUUAGGCAGCAGAUGCUUCCCAGAGAAGAAACACCACCAAAAUGUGAAAUACAAGGAAACAGCUUCAGACAGAAUUCAGAUUUACUUAAUCAACCAAAAAUUACAGCAGAUAAACGCUAUAAAUGUAGUAUGUGUGAAAAAACCUUCAUUAACACUUCAUCCCUUCGUAAACAUGAGAAAAACCAUAGUGGAGAGAAAUUAUUUAAAUGUAAAGAAUGUUCAAAAGCCUUUAGCCAAAGUUCAGCUCUUAUUCAACAUCAAAUAACGCAUACUGGAGAGAAACCCUACAUAUGUAAAGAAUGUGGGAAAGCCUUUACUCUCAGUACAUCCCUUUAUAAACAUCUAAGAACACAUACUGUAGAGAAAUCCUAUAGAUGUAAAGAAUGUGGUAAAUCCUUCAGCCGAAGGUCAGGCCUUUUUAUACAUCAAAAAAUUCAUGCUGAAGAAAACCCUUAUAAAUAUAAUCCAGGUAGGAAGGCGUCUGGUUGCAACACAUCCCUUUCUGGAUGUCAAAGAAUUCAUUCUAGAAAGAAGUCCUACUUAUGUAAUGAAUGUGGCAACACCUUUAAGUCUAGCUCAUCCCUUCGUUAUCAUCAGAGAAUUCACACUGGAGAGAAACCUUUUAAAUGUAGUGAAUGUGGGAGAGCCUUCAGUCAGAGUGCAUCACUUAUUCAACAUGAAAGAAUUCACACUGGAGAAAAGCCCUAUAGAUGCAACGAAUGUGGGAAAGGCUUCACUUCUAUUUCACGACUUAAUAGGCAUCGAAUAAUUCAUACUGGAGAGAAGUUUUAUAAUUGUAACGAAUGUGGUAAAGCCUUAAGUUCCCACUCAACGCUUAUUAUUCAUGAGCGAAUUCAUACUGGAGAGAAACCAUGUAAAUGUAAAGUAUGUGGAAAAGCCUUCAGACAGAGUUCAGCGCUCAUUCAACAUCAGCGAAUGCAUACUGGAGAAAGACCCUAUAAAUGUAAUGAGUGUGGGAAAACAUUCAGGUGUAACUCAUCCCUUAGUAAUCACCAGAGAAUUCAUACUGGAGAGAAACCAUAUCGAUGUGAGGAAUGUGGGAUAUCUUUUGGCCAAAGUUCAGCUCUUAUUCAACAUCGAAGGAUUCAUACAGGAGAAAAACCCUUUAAAUGUAAUACAUGUGGGAAAACUUUUAGACAAAGCUCAUCACGUAUUGCACAUCAAAGAAUUCAUACUGGAGAGAAACCCUAUGAAUGUAAUACAUGUGGGAAACUUUUCAACCAUAGGUCAUCCCUUACUAAUCAUUACAAAAUUCAUAUCGAAGAGGACCCCUAGAAAGUAAAUUUGUAUGUGAAAGCCUUAAACCAAAGCUCAUCAGAGAAUACAUCCUUGAGAGUGAUGUAAUAAAUGUAAUGGAUAUGAAAAAAACUAUAGUCCUCAUUAGGUAUUUAAUUCCAUGGAUAAACCGUGACUAUGUAAUAGCUAUGAGGAAAGUGUUUGUGCCUGUCAGACAUUUUAAAAAAUAACCUGAGAUAAAGAGUUUACAAUUGGAGACAUUGACUUUGGCCAUUUUUGAAAUGGGUUUGCUUUUUCCGUCUUCCCAAAGACGUAUAUGCUACAUGUCAUCACAUGAUCAUCAGAAACAUUUAAGUGGGUGGGAGGCGUGCAUUAGAGUUCUCAUUAGAAGACCACCGAACGUAAUAUUUUUAUAAAAUUUUAAUAGCAUACAAAUGAAUUGAUCAAACUGUACCUUUUUAAAGGACCAAAAUAAAAGAUAAAAAUGAAUUAUGAACUAC